AUGGCGAAGUACGGCGAAGGCGACAAGCGCUGGAUCGUAGAGGAGAGAACCGACGGGACCAACGUCCACAACUGGCACUGGGCCGAGACCGAUUGCCUCGAAUGGUCACGCAACCUACUCACAAAGCUCCUCUCCGACCAAAUCAUCCUCAACGGCGAAGGCGAUCUCUUCAUCAAAAUCAAGAAGGUCGAGAAAGUCGACGGCGAAGCCUAUGUCAACAUCAGAAAAGGAAAGAUCAUACCCGGGUACGAAAUUAGCGUUUCAAUUUCCUGGGAAGGUGAAGCCACAGAUGUUGAAGGUAAAUCACUGCUCAAAGCCGAUGGAAACGUUGAAAUUCCAUAUAUCGCGGAUGAGAAUGCCGAUGAAGAUCCGGAAAUCAGAGUAACGGUUAAGGAUGAAGGACCAAUUGGGAAGAGAUUGAAGGAAGCUUUUUUGGCUAAGGGAAAACCCUUUGUUUUGGAUCAAAUUAGAGUUUAUGUAAGUGCAAUGGCGAAAGGAGGGCCUGCUAAAGAAGAUUUGGAGGUGAAGAAACCCAAUUCGACCCCGAAAAAAGUGUUGCCGGUGGCCGGGACAGCAGCACCGGCUCCGGCAGUGGUGGAGGAGAAGAAGGAGAAGAGGAAGGAGGGGUUCAAGACUAUAACGAUGACAGAGAAGUUUAGUUGUAGAGCAAAGGAUAUGUUUGAGAUACUGAUGGAUGAGAAUAGGUGGAAGGGGUUCACGCAGAGUAAUGCGAGGAUAAGUAAGGAGGUUGGUGGGGAGUUUAGUAUAUUUGAUGGAUCGGUGACAGGGACCAAUGUGGAGUUGCAGGAAGGGAAGUUGAUUGUGCAGAAGUGGAGGUUUGGCAGCUGGCCUGAUGGCAUUCACUCUAUGGUAAAAAUAUUGACUUUUUUUUUUCCAUUUUUUUGUACGAAUUUGUGGACUCUGUCUAAUUGCUUGCUGAAAGCUAAUAUAAUAGCAGUUUGUUCUGCUAAGAUGCCUUCUGGAAUGCGCUUGUAUUCUAGAUUGGCGAUGACAGAUGGUUAUAGAACUGGCGUUUAUGCCUACACAUACAUGCUAAAAGUCCGCAUGGAUGUGCGGCUAACACUUGAUGAGCCUGAACCUGGGGUCACCAGUAUUAAGCUGACACAUACUGAUGUUCCAGAGGAGGACAGAUAUGGGAAUGCAACAGUGGUGGACAAUACUGAGAGGGGAUGGCGGGAUCUUAUUUUCAACAAGAUACGGGCAGUUUUUGGCUUUGGCAUAUGA